AAUAGUUAAUUUCAAAACAGAAUGAGAAUGGUAGGGUGGUUUAACCAACGUGCUAUUGGUAAGAAAAAAAUAAGUAUUACUACCAAGUGCUCGGGUUGGGAUAAAAAAGAACGAACUUAAGUAAAGAAGUGACUGGAAGAACAUUCUAUAAACAACACUCGCACUACGUGUUCGCGCUAUUAUUAGCCCGCAUAUAUCUUUAGCAUUCUAGAGGUGUACAACACACGGUGUAUUCUUUAAUACAUUUCACGGCAUUCUAUAUUAAAAAAAGAUAAUUUCUCCACAAUGUGCCAGAUAUUCGUAUAUUUGUGAAAAUAUCGAAAUUUCAUUUUUAAUUUCAGUCCGAGAAAUUCGAAGCAAACGCGAUUGGUGGAAUAAACACAUAGUAUGGAGGGAGUAGUAUCGGAUCAGGUCUUGGAUUCUCGUCAUGUAGAUGAGUUCGCGGAGGUCGAAGAAGACGAAAUGGUGGCUACGGAGCGCGAGUUGGCCGAAGACGCGCAGUGGAAGAAAAUACAACAGAACACGUUUACGAGAUGGGCCAACGAACACCUGAAGACCGUCGAAAAACAUAUCGGCAACUUGGAAACAGACCUCAGCGAUGGUCUUCGACUGAUCACGCUGAUCGAAGUACUUUCCGGCCGGAAAAUGGGCAAAUUUAACAAGAAACCAUCGUUUAGAUCUCAGAAAUUGGAAAAUGUAUCCGUUGCGUUAAAAUUUUUACAAGAUGACGAGGGUAUCCGUAUUGUUAAUAUAGAUUCAACACACAUCGUCGAUUGCAAAUUAAAAUUAAUAUUAGGGUUAAUAUGGACGUUAAUUUUACACUAUUCCAUCUCGCUUCCGAUGUGGGAAGGCGAAGACGAUCAACAAAACGGUGGACAAGGCCCAACGCCAAAACAAAGAUUAAUGAAUUGGAUCCAAAGCAAAGUACCCGAUUUACCCAUUAGUAAUUUUACCACCGAUUGGAAUAGUGGAAAAGCCGUUGGGGCGUUAGUUGACGCGGUAGCACCUGGUUUAUGCCCAGAUUGGCCGGAUUGGGAUCCAAAGGAUUCGGUACAAAACGCAUCCGAAGCGAUGGGUUUAGCAGACGAUUGGUUAAACGUACCGCAAUUAAUCAAACCGGAAGAAAUGGUAAAUCCAAACAUAGAUGAGCAGUCGAUGAUGACCUACCUAUCACAAUAUCCAAACGCUAAGCUCAAAACGGGAGCACCACUACGACCACGAACUAAUCCAAACAGAGUAAGAGUGUACGGACCCGGAAUUGAACCAACCGGACCGAUAGCUGGUGCCACGGCGAAUUUCACCGUGGAAACGUUUUCAGCGGGACGCGGACAAGUCGACGUCGUCGUGGAAAAUCCUAAGAAUCAAAAGGAACCCGUCGAAGUUCGAUUUAACGAGGACAGAAACCUUACCUAUUCCGUUUCCUACACCCCUACCAUGGAAGGACCUCAUAAAGUUUCCGUUAAAUUCGCAGGAAGGGAAGUUCCUAAAAGUCCUUACACGGUUUUAGUGGAAGGACACGCUGGAGAUCCAACUAAAGUCACCGCUUCGGGCCCAGGAUUACAAGCCGAUGGAGUUUGUAUUAAUAGGGUUACAUAUUUUGAUAUUUAUACUAAAGAAGCCGGAAGAGGAGUUCCAGAGGUAAUAAUUUUAGACCCUGAAGGUCAUAAAACAACCGUUCCUGUAACAGUGCGACAAACUUCGCCGGAUAUAUGGCGUUGCGAGUACGUUUCGUCGUUCGUAGGAUUACAUUCCGUAAAUAUUUUCUUCGCCGGACACUUCAUUCCAAAUAGUCCAUUCGGAGUUCGGAUAUCUCCGGUUUCCGAUGCGAAAAAAGUUCGUGCCAGCGGAAGGGGCCUCCAACCUGCUGGGAUUCGGGUGAAAGAUGAUGCAGAUUUUAAAGUUUAUACCGAUGGUGCCGGCGAAGGUCAACCGGACGUCCUCGUAAUCGGACCUGGCGGAGUUAAAGUUCCAUGCAAAAUCAAAAAGUUGGAUGGAGGGACUUACCAAGCAGUUUAUAGUCCAAUCAAAGAAGGAAAACACGUAAUUAAAGUAACAUUCGCGGGACAAGAAAUUUAUAAAUCCCCAUUUGAAGUGGAAGUUCUUCCUUUUAAAGAUACUCAAAUUAGAGCUUAUGGCCCUGGUUUAAAUGGGGGAGUAGUACGUUAUCCAGCAUUAUUUACGGUUGAAACAAACGGGGAAACUGGAUCUUUAGGAUUUAGUAUUCAAGGGCCGUCCCAGGCAAAAAUAGUUUGUCAUGAUAAUGGCGAUGGUUCGGCUGACGUUAAAUAUUACCCCACAGCACCGGGGGAAUACGCCGUUCACAUCUUAUGCGACAACGAAGACAUUCCCAAAAGUCCUUACAUAGCUCAAAUAUUACCCGACACAGAUUAUUACCCUGAUAAGGUCGAAGUCUCCGGACCCGGAAUCGAACAAAGCGGCGUUCAAAAAGGUUUGCCAACAAAAUUCUUGGUCGAUCCAAGAAAAGCUGGUUCCGCCCCGGUUGAUGUUAAAGUCUUAGAUUCAAAUUGUAACUCCGUCAAUGUUAAGCUCACUCCUAAACCAGAUGGAACGAUAGAAGGGUCUUACACACCAACAAAAGGAAACAAACACACAGUUCAAGUAAAUUACGGUGGUGUUGCGACUAGAAAUUCACCAUAUAGAGUACAUGUGUCUGAACCAUUAGACGUUUCUGGCGUACACGCAUUUGGACCUGGCAUUCAAAAUGGAAUUAAAUCUAAUGUUCCUACACAUUUUAAUAUUGAUGCAAGAGACGCAGGUCCCGGAAAUUUAGAAGUACUCAUUAAAAACGAAGAUACUAAAGAAUUAGUAGCCGUACAAGUGUCUGAUAACGAAGAUGGUACAUAUACGGUAGAUUACGAGCCACCAUCCCCGGGUUUAUACACUUGCACACUCAAUUAUGGAGGCUUAAAGGUUCCCACAACCCCAACGCAAUAUAGAGUUCAACCAAACGUGGACGUUUCAAAAAUAAAAGUUGACGGAUUAGAACCAACCGCCCCCGUAAAUAGUUUGCAACAAUUUCGCGUAAUAACCCAAGACGCCGGUAAAGCCGAGUUCGCGAUUUCGAUUACAAGCCCGUCUGGAAGUAAAGUAAAAGUUCACGUGAUUCCUACCCACGAAGGAUAUUUGGUUAAUUUUACUCCGACGCAAUUGGGCGAAUAUUUACUGGGUAUUUCGUUUGGUGGUGAACCGAUCAGUCAUCGACCGUAUAAAUUGACUUGCUUAACGGGUAGCGAUCCUCUUAAAGUUAAAGCUUCGGGUCCUGGAUUGUACCGAGGUGUUGUAAAUAAACCGGCCGAGUUUAUGAUUGACACUCGAGGCGCCGGACAAGGCGGACUCGGUGUAACCGUCGAAGGCCCAUGCGAAGCUGCUAUUAAUUGCAGAGAUAACGGAGAUGGCACUUGUUCCGUUGCUUAUUUACCGACGGAAAUUGGCGAUUAUGGUAUUAAUAUUACAUUUAAUGAUCAGCAUAUUCCCGGUAGUCCAUUUCAAGCGAUUAUUUUACCGGAAAUUGAUAUUAAUAAAAUUAAAGUUUCUGGAAGUGGAAUUCAGUUACAUGGUGUAUUCAUCGAUUCUCCAACAGAUUUUUUGGUUGACACUCGCGGUUUACCAACAACCGAUGAUAGCAAAGUAACAUGUACGAUAACAAACCCAUCGGGGGCGCAAACUGAAAAAUUAGUAACCCCAUUAACCGAUGGCACUUACAAAGUGAGUUACACGCCAUUCGAAGAAGGUAGACAUACCAUCGAUAUUUUCUACGAUAAUAUGCCAGUACCCGGAUCGCCAUUUGUGGUGAACGUGCGUCGCGGAUGCGAUGCUAGAAAAGUUCGAGCUUACGGACCCGGUUUAGAAAAAGGUAUCGUUAAUAAACCCAACGUUUUCACGGUAGAAACAAAAGGUGCCGGUACCGGAGGGUUGGGUUUGGCAAUCGAGGGACCAUCAGAAGCAAAAAUGACGUGUAAAGAUAAUCGCGACGGUUCUUGUUCGGUAGAAUACGUCCCAACGGAACCGGGAGAGUACGAUGUAGCUAUUAAGUUCGCAGAACAACAUAUUCCUGGGUCGCCAUUUAAAGUCCAAGUUGAGGGUGAUGUAAAUGUGAACACCAUCAAAGCUUACGGACCGGGUUUGGAUGCAGAUAAAUGUCGCGUUGGGGUGACUCAGAAAUUUACAGUUGACGCGUCCAAAGCCGGCCAAGGCAAUUUGGGUGUUUACAUUAAAUCAGACCAGACAAUAAUUAAAUCCGAAGUUGUUAAUAACGGCGAUGGGACUUACGAUGUCGCUUACGUUCCGCCAAAAGAAGGAGCAACUAUACAAGGACAAAUUACUUUUGGGGGUAAAGAAGUGCCUAACAUUCCGUUUACUAUGAAGACUAAACCUUACGCUGAACCUGACAAAAUUAAAAUAAGCGGACCUAGCGUUAACGAAAAAGGUGUCCCUGCUUCUUUACCUACUACAAUUAAAAUCGAUACUAACGAAGCUGGAUAUGGUGAUUUAGAAGUUAGCGUCUUGGGUCCGGAUGGAAGUUCACGGCGAGUUUCACUCGUCGAUAACCGUGAUGGUACGUUUAACGCAACUUACGUUCCGGAUGACUGUGGACGUUAUACUGUAGUCAUCAAAUACGCUGGAAAAGAUGUUCCUAACGCUCCAUUAAAAGUUCAAGCGGUUGCAACAGGACACGCUGACAAAUGUAAAAUAACCGAAGGUAUUCAAAGAUGUUUAACUAGCGGCGAAGAAUACUGUAUAACGGUAAAUGCUGAAAAUGCGGGAUACGGGGCUGUUACUUGCCGUAUCAGAUCUACAUCUGGAAGUAGUGAUUUGGAUAUUGAUAUAGUCGAUAACGGAGAUGGAACAUUUAGCAUUUAUUACAACGUUAAAGACGCUGGGGAUUACACCCUUAGUGUUAAAUUCGGUGGUCAACCGGUUCCAGAAGGAUUCUACACAUUUACGGCUGAAGAAACAAGCAAAACAACAACAGAGAAAACAACAACUACAACACAAACCCAAACGCAAACUCAAACUGAAUCCGCCGUUAAAAAAACAACUUCUUCCACAACUUCCAGUCAAUCCAGUGGAAAACAACCGGCGUACAGAUCCGUUCAUUUAGAUAACAUCCCGUUACCUACAACAGGAGGAUUAGUUGCUGCCGAUAUUAAAAUGCCAAGCGGAAACGUAGAUAAACCCAUAAUUGAAGAUAAUCGUGAUGGAACGGUUAGCAUUAAAUACGAUCCGCGCGAAGAAGGACUUCACGAGCUCUCCGUUAAAUAUAAUGGGGAGCACGUGCAAGGAUCUCCAUACAAAUUCCACGUGGAUUCGAUAAGUUCCGGUUACGUGACGGCUUACGGCCCAGGUUUAACUCACGGAGUGAGCGGCGAACCGAGUAACUUUACAAUUUCAACAAAAGGCGCAGGAGCCGGGGGAUUAUCGAUGGCCGUUGAAGGUCCGAGUAAAGCCGAAAUAAGUUGUCACGAUAACAAAGAUGGAACAGUUUCCGUUUCUUAUCUUCCCACCGCUCCGGGAGAAUACAAAAUUUCCGUCAGAUUCGGCGAUAAACACAUCAAAGGGUCGCCUUUUAAUGCUAAAAUAACGGGCGAAGGUCGAAAACGGAACCAAAUUUCCGUGGGAUCUUGCUCCGAGGUUUCUUUACCCGGAAAAAUUUCCGACGCCGAUAUAAGAUCUUUAAACGCUUCGAUUCAAGCUCCCAGCGGAUUGGAGGAACCGUGCUUUUUGAAACGAUUACCCACCGGAAACAUUGGAAUUUCGUUUACACCAAGAGAAAUUGGCGAACACGUCGUUUCCGUUAAGAAAAUGGGUAAACACAUUACUAACUCGCCGUUUAAAAUUAACGUUUGCGAACGCGAAGUCGGCGACGCUAAAAAAGUUCAAGUUUCCGGGCAAGCAUUGAAAGAAGGCAAAACUCACGUUGAUAACACCUUUACUGUUGACACUCGUAACGCCGGAUUCGGUGGUUUAUCGCUUUCAAUCGAAGGUCCAAGCAAAGCGGAAAUUCAAUGUUCCGAUAAAGACGACGGAACUUUGAAUAUUUCCUACAAACCAACCGAGCCGGGUUAUUACAUCGUUAAUUUGAAGUUUGCCGAUCAUCAUGUCGACGGAUCACCGUUUACCGUUAAAGUCACCGGGGAAGGUUCCAAUCGGCAAAGAGAAAAGAUUCAACGCACUCGCGAAGCUGUGCCGAUUACGGAGGUCGGAAGUCAAUGCAAACUUACUUUUAAAAUGCCCGGAAUCACUUCGUUAGAUUUAAGCGCUUCCGUUACUUCCCCUGGCGGAGUCACUGAAGAUGCCGUUAUCAAUGAAAUCGAAGACGGUCUUUACGCCGUUCAUUUCAUACCGAAAGAAUUGGGUGUUCACACCGUUUCUGUCAAAUACAAGGAUAUUCAUAUACCGGGUUCUCCGUUCCAGUUUACCGUGGGUCCUUUAAAAGAUCACGGAGCCCAUUUGGUUAAAGCUGGAGGUGUUGGAUUAGAGCGUGGCGAACAGGGUGAACUGAAUGAGUUCAACGUCUGGACGCGUGAGGCUGGAAGUGGUCAAUUAGCCAUUUCAGUCGAAGGUCCAAGUAAAGCUGAAAUUAAUUUUACCGAUCGCAAAGAUGGGUCGUGCGAUGUUUCUUAUAGAGUUACAGAACCAGGCGAAUAUAGAAUUGGGUUAAAAUUCAACGAUGAGCACGUCCCAGACUCUCCAUUUAAAGUCUACAUUUCGCCGGCGGUCGGCGAUGCUCAUCUCUUAGAGGUGGCUCAGUUUCCGGAAGGAGCUAUCCAAGCGGAUAAACCAUCUCAGUUUAUGGUGCGCACAAACGGCGCGCGCGGAGAAUUAGACGCCAAGGUCAUUGGUCCAUCCGGUCACGAAGACGAUUGCUUCAUCCAAAUGAUCGAUUUAGAGGAGUACUCCGUAAGAUUUAUGCCCCGCGAAAACGGCGUUCAUAAAAUCCAUUGCAAAUUUAACGGCGUUCAUAUUCCUGGUUCACCAUUCAGCGUAAAAGUCGGCAAAGACACCGCCGAUCCAGCCGCCGUUCAUGCUUCUGGAGCUGGAUUAGACAAUAUUAAAACUGGAACCAAAACCGAUUUUAUAAUUGACACCGUAAAUGCGGGAGCUGGAACUCUUGCAGUAACAAUUGACGGUCCUAGUAAAGUUUCGAUGGACUGUACGGAAGUCGAAGAAGGUUAUAAAGUCCGUUAUACGCCUUUAGCGCCCGGAGAUUACUUCGUCAGUAUUAAAUACAACAACAAUCACAUCGUUGGAUCGCCGUUUAAGGUCCGCAGCAUCGGCGAAUCGACAAUGGUUGACGUUGGUUCCCAAGAAACAUCAUCGGUUGUUGUCGAAACAAUCGCUAAAGUCGGAAAAGCCGUAAAACAAGGUCCGACUAUGCCUGCGUUUAAAAGUAACGCCUCAAAGGUUACUUGCAAAGGAAUGGGACUUAAAAAGGCUUAUCUCGGUAAACAAAACCAAUUUACAGUUGCUGCUAAUGAUGCAGGUACUAAUAUAUUAUUUGUUGGUGUACAUGGACCAAAAGGGCCAUGCGAUGAAGUUUAUAUAAAGCAUUCGGGUCAUAAUCAGUACCAAGUCAGCUAUCUGGUUAAAGACCGUGGCGAUUACAUCGUUAUCGUAAAAUGGGGAGAUGAUCAUAUUCCUGGUUCGCCGUUCAAAGUCGAAGUUUAAAAAGAAAUGUUUAUUUUUUUUUGAAGGUUCGCGAUGGUUAUUUCCUUUAUUUUUAAUUCAGUUAAUUUGCCAUUUUCAAGGGACACCAACUAACCUCUAAUUAUUGAUUGACUUAAGUUAACUUUCUCGAAUUUAUCUUUAUUUUAUAUUGCCUUAAAAAUAUAUCUUCAAAUCAAGUUUUUUUUGUAAAUAAGAAUUUAUAUUAAAGAAAAAGUUAUUACUUAUAUGACGUUAUUAUUAUUAUUAUAUAUUAAUUAAUAUGGGUUUGUUCUAAAAAGAAUAUAACCGUUAGAUUUAUAUGUUCGAGAAAGUUAAUACUGCUUUUUUGUUUAUUUUUUAGUUAUUGUGCAUUAAAUACAUUUAUAAUAAAAAGAAGCUUUUUAUUCGCCCAACUUAUUUAUUUUAUAAACAGAAUUCUAUUUUAUUCCUCACAAAUUGCAAUUUGUAUUGCAGUGAAUGUUUAUUUCAAUAAAUAUGUCUUAAACUA